GGUUCAAAAGAUAAUGGAGAUUUUUCUAUGAAUGGUGGCCAUGGAGCUCACAGCUAUGUCAAAAACUCAUCCUAUCAAGGAGGAGUGUUGGAAGCUGCAAAGGCAAUCAUCGAAGAAGAAAUCGCCACAAAGUUAGAGAUUUCAACCAAUAGCUUCUGCCUUGCCGAUUUCGGGUGCUCAACCGGCAACAACUCUUUUCCAGCCAUGCAUACAAUCAUCGAAGCCGUCAAGCUAAAAUACAAAUCCUCAUACCUCAAAACCCCAGAAUUCUAUGUCUGCUUCAACGACGUCAUUUCCAAUGACUUCAACACCCUCUUCAAUUCCCUCCCAUCCAAUAGGAGCUAUGAGGUAGCCGCAGUAGCCGGAGACUUCCACGGCCGCCUUCUCCCGCCUUCUUCUGUUCACUUUGCGUACUCUUCUUGGGCGCUCCAGUGGCUGACAGAGGUGCCCAAGCCGGCCGUAGGCCUCCACUCUCCGGCUUGGAAAGGGGGAAAGAGAUUGUAUGGUGUAAAGAGAGAGGAGGUUUAUGAAGCUUAUUUGAAUCAAUUUGAGAUGGAUUUGGAAUCAUUCUUGAAGUGUAGGGCUGUAGAAAUGGUGAAAGGUGGGAUUAUGGCUCUUCUAAUUCCUGCACUACCGACUUAUUGGGACCCACGAAAAGAGUUCACUGUUGCAUCGGUGAUCGAACUUCUCAGAUCUUCCCUAGUCGAUAUGGCCAAAAAGGGAAGAUUGAGUGAGACAAAAUUGGAUGCAUUCAACUUUCCAUACUACAUUCCCACUUCGGAACAGGUGUGGGCAAUAUUGCAAAAGAGCAAUAGCUUCUGCAUAGAAAGAAUGGAGAUUAUGAAGAGUGGGACAUUGCUCACUGUUGAUGGCCACGUGGCAUGUUUUAGGGCAGUUCAUCAAAAUAUGCUUACACAUGAGUUUGGAGCUGAAACCAUCGAUGAAUCGUUCGAUACGUUGAAGAAGAAACUCCGAACUUCACCUGUUUACGCAAAUCCUUCUAAUGAUAAAACUCUUGUUGUUGUUGCUAUCCUCAAGCUCAAAAAUGUUUAGUACUAGACUACUAGCAAUCAAAUAAGGUGCAUAUAUGAUUCCAUGUAGGAAGAUAGUAUCUUUCCUAUAUUUCAUUUUUCAUUUUUUCUAUUCUUGGGUGGGAGUGGGGAGUCAAUGGUAUGUGUGUUUCUCUACUAGUGGUCUUUUCAUAAUAUCUAGUGUAACAAUUUUGUUUCACAAACUUUGUGUUGUAAGUUAUCUAUUAGCAAUUAGGAUAAUAAUGUAAUAUAAUAUCUAUAGU